UGUUCUAAUUUCCUUGUUUCUUUCAUCUGUGUUUCUGCAGAUCCCCAGCCGACAGGAUGGUGGUGCUACAGAGCUACUGUGAGGGGAACGAUUCCCUGGCACGUGCAUGGGCUCAGCAGGGGCUGUACCCCUGUUUCUACUUCACCCUGGUGCCCUCUGUGCAGCUCAGCGUCUGCAUCCUCUUGGGGGCCCUGCAGUACGCUUGCUAUGCCCGGUUCAGCCGCACCAUGGAGCCAAAGUAUAUCCCACGUUCCCGCCUGUACCACAUUCAAGUCCUCCUCUCUCUGCUCCUUGCACUGCUGCCCUUUGUCAUCUUUCUGUGGCAGGUGUUGGGCAUGCAACAGCUUUAUGGGUACAUGGUGCUGUACGCCUGCCUCUCUGCCGCGAGCUGGACCAGCUCGGUUGGGCUGCUCCACCUGGAACGCACCAGAGUUCUGGCGCAGGACCGGAUCAGAGGCCAUGGUGCCAUCCUCCUCCUUUUUUGGGCUCUGGCUUUUGCAUCCGAGAACCUGGCCUUCAUCUCCUGGAACAGCCCACUCUGGUGGUGGGGCUUGGAAAACGCCAACCAGAAGGUACAAUUCAGCCUGUGGUUACUGCGCUACUUCUGCACCUUCGCCCUCUUUGCCCUGGGGAUAAAGGCCCCAGGGUUGCCCCGAAAACCCUACAUGCUGCUGAUCAAUGAAGAUGAACGCGACGUGGAGCACAGUCAGCCCCUGCUUCCAGAUGCCAGGCAGAAUCGCUCCACCUGGAGGGAUCUGGGCCGGAAGAUAAGCCUCCUCAUACAGUACAUGUGGCCCAAGGGGAGCUACCCACUGCAGGGGCUGGUGAUCGUCUGCCUGAUGCUGAUGGGGCUGGAGCGUGGCAUCAACGUCUUUGUGCCCCUCUACUACAAGUACAUUGUGAAUGAUCUGACGACAGGGGCUAGUUGGCGUAUCCUGCUUCAAACUGUCUGCAUCUAUGCGGCCCUCAAGUUCCUCCAGGGAGGAGGUGCUGGCUCCACUGGCUUCAUUAGCAACAUGCGCACUUUCCUGUGGAUCCGCGUGCAGCAGUUCACCAGCCGCGAAAUCCAAGUCCAGCUCCUCAGGCACCUCCACAGCCUCUCCCUUCGGUGGCACCUCGGUCGCAAGACGGGCGAGGUGCUGCGCAGUGUCGACAGAGGCACUAGCAGCAUCAACAACUUGCUCAGCUACAUUGUCUUCAGCAUCUUCCCCACGAUAGCCGACAUCAUAAUUGCGAUUGUGUAUUUCACCACAACCUUCAGUGCCUGGUUCGGCCUUAUCAUCUUCCUCUGCAUGAGCUUUUAUCUCGCUUUGACUAUUAUAAUGACUGAGUGGCGAACAAAGUACCGCCGUGAAAUGAAUACCCGUGACAAUGAAGCCCGUUCCCGAGCUGUUGACUCGCUUCUGAACUUUGAGACGGUGAAAUAUUACAAUGCCGAGAACUAUGAGGCUACCCGCUUCAAUGAUGCCAUUGUCAAGUACCAGGUCUCCGAAUGGAAAGUCAAUGCAUCACUGGCACUGUUGAACCAGACCCAGAAUCUAGUGAUCGGGGUGGGGCUGCUGGCCGGAUCCCUACUGUGUGCUUACUAUGUGACCAAGAAGAGGCUCCAUGUGGGCGAUUAUGUUCUCUUUGGCACAUACAUCAUCCAACUGUACACCCCACUGAACUGGUUUGGCACCUAUUACAGAAUGAUCCAAAGCUCAUUUGUUGACAUGGAGAACAUGUUUGAGCUCUUCAGCGAGGAGCAAGAAGUGAAGGACGAACCAGGUGCUGCAGACCUUCGGUUUCUGGCAGGACGUGUGGAAUUUGAAAAUGUCCAUUUUGGCUAUGUGGAAGGGAGGGAAGUCCUGCGUGAUGUUUCCUUCACAGUGAUGCCUGGGCAGACCCUUGCACUGGUGGGACCCUCUGGCUCAGGAAAGAGCACCAUCAUUCGCCUGCUCUUCCGCUUCUACGAUGUGUGGGGAGGCUGCAUUCGAAUUGAUGGGCAGGAUAUCUCCAAGGCCAAGCAGGCUUCGCUGCGCUCCCACAUUGGUGUGGUGCCUCAGGACACUGUCCUCUUCAACGAUACCAUUCGCAACAACAUCCGGUACGGACGCAUUGAUGCCACCAAUGAGGAGGUGAUUGAGGCGGCGAUCGCGGCUAAUAUCCAUGAACGCAUCCUCACUUUCCCCGAUGGUUAUGAUACACAGGUUGGCGAGCGAGGUCUGAAGCUGAGUGGAGGGGAGAAGCAACGAGUCGCUAUUGCCCGCACCAUCUUGAAGAACCCCCAGAUCCUCUUCUUUGAUGAGGCGACAUCAGCACUGGACACCAAGACUGAGAGGAAUAUCCAGGCAUCCCUGGCUAAAGUGUGUGCGAACCGCACCACCAUCAUCGUGGCUCACAGGCUUUCCACGGUGAUCAAGGCCGAUCAAAUCCUAGUUAUCAAGGAUGGCCGAGUGAUGGAGCGAGGAAGGCACGACCAGCUAGUGGACAAAGGUGGCAUCUACUCUGACAUGUGGCUGCAACAAGGAAGUGACACGGAGGUGGAGAGCAAGAUCAGUGCUGAGUCUACUGCAGAAAGCAAGGCCAGUGCUUCGACCAAAGCAGGAAGCGAGGAAGGCUCUGCCUAUGCAACCAGUGAAAAGACAGAGGAGAGGGAGCAGGAGGGGGAGACAGAGGAGGGGGAGGGGGAGACAGAGGAGGGAGAGGGGGAGGAAGAGGAGGGAGAGGGGGAGGAAGAAGAGGCAAGCACAGAAUCAUAGCCAAGCAACGAGAACUACUGAGCAGCUGACAGUGACAACAGCAAAUCCUGCAAGGAUGUGGCGUCGAAGCCAAAAAGGCAGCAGCUGCCACCUCUGCUGUUAGAUUUCUGAACCUCCUCUGUAUGGCAUAAAGGGGGAAAUGCUCAGGCACCCAAAGCACACAGAUGAUCCACCAAGUUAGCAGUGAGGCCAUGGAGACCAAACUGGAGGAAGACUACAGGCUGCGUAUGGUUCCCAGCAUGCAGUUCUUCAUGAGCAGGACCUGCACGUAGUGCUAGAGCAACUUCAGAGUAUAUUCUCCAAGCUACUGCCAGCGUUCCUGGGAAAGCUGUUGCUUGGUGAUCCAGGUGUAUUAUCAGGGAAUUGCGAAAGGGGUGUGGUGUGGGGGGAGGCAGGGACCAGGACUGCCUUGCCCCACUGUUCUCCCCAACAAAAUGUCUUCCCUUGCAAACAUGAAUGGAGUGUGGAGGUGGGGGGCAUGCGUGAACAUUUGCCAGCACUUUGUAUACAACCACAGAGGGAGAUGCCUGCAGAAUGGCUGUGUGUGUGUUUUUGUAAGUUCUGCUUUUGAGGUGUCCCGUUUUAAUUUUCAUAAACUCAAAAAAGUGUUUUCAGA